UGGCAACGCGAUGACAUCAGCCAGGACUUCCGGCGGAAGCGCACGCCAGCGAGAGUGUGGCGGGCGGCAGACGCGGUUACGCUGCAUUGAACGGAGCGGCGGUCGGAGGAGCGGGAGCGGCGGGGGCCCUGGGGUCAGCUGUCCGGCUGAUCUGGGGAAACCCACCUCCGGCUCCAGGGACGAUGGCGUUGGAACAGAUACCAAAGAAAGACUGGUACAGCGUUCUGGGGGCAGACCCGUCCGCCGAUGUGUCAGACCUGAAACAAAAGUACCAGAAACUCAUAUUAAUGUAUCACCCCGACAAGCAGAGCUGUGCUGCGCCGGCAGAGACACUGGAGGAGCACCGACAGAGGUUCAUCGAGGUGGACCAGGCCUGGAAGAUCCUGGGGAAUGAAGAGUCCAAGAAAGAGUAUGACCUGCAGUGGCACGAAGACAAGCUCAGGAGCGUGGGACCUGUAGGUGCACAAGUGUAUCUUGAAGAAAUGUCUUGGAACGAAGGUGAUCGAUCUUUCUCUCUGGGCUGCCGAUGUGGUGGCACGUACAGCGUUUGUGAGCAGGAGGCGGCAGUUGUGAGCCUGGUUCCCUGUGAUACAUGCUCGCUGAUGGUAGAGCUCCUUCGCCACAGUUGAGCUGGGACCUCAGCUUCCAGAGAAGGGCUGCCUUCAGCCUACUAGGGGCCACCAGGGAGCCAUGGCAAAGGAACUUCACUGAAGUGCACUUAGAGUUCAUAUUACAGACUGCCCAAGAAAAACCUUCAGUUAUAAAUCACGUCUUAUGGACUAAUGGCUGAGAACAUUUGUUUGCUCCUUGGAAAAUAAGAAUCAUCUUUUUUGAAAUGA